AACUCUAAGCUACAUAUAUCUAUAUCUAUAUAUCUAUAUCAAAAGCCUUCAUUUUUACCAAAUUGUCACAUAAUUAUCAUCAAAGUCAAUCUGGGUCAGUUUAGAAUUGACCCAAAUAACAUAAAGUUUAAAGCUUUUUGCUUUUUUUUUUGUAUUGUAUGUCCUCAAUUGCUCAAUUAGGUCACAAAUUUGUUCAGGGUAUUUCUUGUUAUUGUGGCAUUUCACGUUCCUUAUGUAGCAAUAGUACAACCCCAUUUACUAAUGGGUUUCGUAGGAUUGAAAAAUACUUAAUUGGGUAUCGAAAAUGUUCCAAUAGUAAUCUUGUUUUUGAUAAACCCUUAGCAGAGGAAGAAAUCCUCGAUUCGGUAAAUACUAGUGGUAGAUACAGUGAUAAUGAUGAUAAGUAUGAUGAUGGAGAUUGCCCAUUUGAUAAUGUGUUUAGUAGAGCUAGUUUUGUACGAAAUGCGAAACUUGGUGCUAAUGAAGCACUUAAAGUGUUGCAACAAGAUGGGCCUGGUUUUGAUACAAAAUCGGCGUUAGAUAGUUUAGACUUUAAAGUAUCAGGUUUACUUGUGAGAGAAGUACUUAUAGGGAUCUUGAAGAGUAUGAAUCAUGUGAAUAGGAAACGUUGUGCUAGACUUGGGCACAAGUUUUUUGUAUGGUCGGGUGAAAAAGAGAGUUAUAAUCAUACGGUGAAUACUUAUCAUUUGAUUAUGCAAAUCCUAGCGGAAGCAGACGAAUUAUUAGAGAUGUGGGAGUUGGUUGAUGAGAUGACGGGAAAAGGGUAUCCUGUUACUUCAAGAACUUUUAAUAUUUUAAUUUGUACGUGUGGGGAAGCCGGUGUAGCCAAGAAAGUUGUGGAGAGGUUUAUAAAGUCGAAGUCAUUUAAUUUUCGGCCUUUUAGUCAUUCGUUUAACGCAAUUUUGCAUGCUCUUCUUGCUGCACAUCACUAUAAGCUAAUUGAAUGGGUGUAUCAGCAGAUGUUGACGGAUGGGCAUCAACCAGAUGCAUUGACGUAUAAUAUAAUAAUGUAUACGAAAUAUAGGCUUGGGAAAUUGGGUCAGUUUCAUCAGUUGUUGGAUGAGAUGGGGAGAAGUGGAUUUCCUCCUGAUUUUCAUACGUUUAAUAUACUUCUUCAUAUUCUUGGUAAAGGAGAUAAGCCAUCUGCAGCUGUUGACCUUUUGAACCAUAUGAAGGAAGUUGGGAUUGAGCCUAGUGUUCUUCAUUUUACUACAUUGAUAGACGGGUUGAGCCGAGCCGGAAAUAUGGAUGCCUGCAAGUAUUUCUUUGAAGAAAUGAUUAAUUAUGGAUGUGAGCCCGAUGUGGUGUCUUACACUGUAAUGAUCACGGGGCACAUUGCAGCUGGACAGUUGGAAAAAGCGGAGGAAAUGUUUUCUGAAAUGUUUAAUAAUGGCAAGAUUCCUAAUGUUUACACGUAUAAUGCAAUGAUUCGUGGGCUUUGUAUGGCUGGGAAAUUUGAGUAUGCGUGUUUGAUGCUUAAAGAAAUGGAAUCUAGAGGGUGUAAUCCUAAUUUUCUUGUGUAUAGUACACUUGUGAGGCAUUUGAAACAUGCUGGAAAGCGUUCUGAAGCUGAUAAUGUAAUAAAACAGAUGGUGGAAAAGGGGCAUUAUGGUCAUUUACAUGAAAAGCUUAAGAGAUAUCGGAGAUGCUAAUGUGGUAACCCAUGUAAUUUAAGGCAGGUGAUUGUAGAAGUACUGUGUACUCCAUCUCGGUUAUAUUCAGAUGUUUUGAGGCAUCUGUGUUGUAACAACUUUGCCUUUAGUUGCAUAGUUUUGUUCGUUUUCAUACUUCAAUUUAAUAUCUACUGGAUAUACUUCAAGAAAUGAAAGGUUCCAUUCUUUUAAUCUCCAUUUAGGGAAUAGCAAUGGUGGAUGAGCUUGUAUAGUUUUUCAAUACUAGAGGUGACAAGAUGGAUGGGUCAGGCAUAUUGAUUAACAGUUCAACAUGUGUUAGGGUUGAUUACAGGCAUUUUAGUAUUGGUCAAAAUGUGUCGGGCUGGGUUGGGUUGAGCCACUUUUGUUCACUUGUAAGCAUUUAAGUAGACUUUGGGCAACUUUCAACAUUUAUUAUUUUGGACCAUAUGGUUCAUUUGAGACAAAACAAUCCAAUUGACCCAUUCAUAAUUAAUUGGCUUCAUGUUGCCAACUCUAUUGAACUUUCUCAUGUGAUGUAUCUUAAGUUCUUUCGAAGCCCUCCUUUUUGUUGCCACUCCAUGCUUUGUAUAGAUUUGAAGGUGCUCUAUAUGCAUAAUUUCAUUGGUUUCUUGGUAGCACGAAUCAAGCAGAUGGGGACACUGGAACUUCUUGAAGGGUGCAUUUUUGUUUCUUGUUAUAUUUCAGCAACUAUUCUUUCUACAUUCUGCAGUUAAGGAGGCAUGGUGCUCCACAUGGUUGAUGGCUUCCACUAGCAAAUACAUAAGCAUCAUCGCUGCCUUCAGGGUAUUGACUGCUCUUGUCUUUUUGGCUUUUGGUGGUGGGAUUAGUUGCAGAAUUGACACCUCGAUCACAACUUACCUCAUCAUGGUCCACCACUACCACAGAUGUUUAUGUUUCACACGCAGUUAUCUUCUUCACAACUCUUGGAAAAUCUUGUUCGAUAGGCUUAUAUGUAGACUGUGUAGUCAUGUACAUACGGACCGGAACAUCCUAACCUUAAUUUUGGCAGGCUUUACUUCGACCAUAACUAAUCUAAUUUGUCACCUUUAGAUA